AUGAAUGUUGAUUCAAUGGACGUUAUUUUGGAGCAGACGUAUGAAGUUACAUAUGAUGAAAUAGAAUUCUCAGUUCGCCUGUGUCCGACUGGAUUAUUUUGCAGGAACGAUCUUAUUACUGUUAGUGUUUCUUUCCGCACAUUCAAGUUGACAAAACACAUAUCUCAGCCAAAAUAUGAAAGCAUUGAGUUGUUCAGCUAUAUUGGAGGAUUAAUUGGAAUGUGGUUAGGUAUCAGCCUCGUGUCUAUUUUUGACCUCUUAGAAUCAUUGAGCUACUUGCUUUACUAUCUUUUCAUGAGCAAGAAACUUUCCAAGCAUCGUAAUAUUUGAAAAAAUAUUGAAUUGUCUGUUUUAAAGAAAAAAAGAAAUAUACUUAUGUGGAGUAUGCGGUGUUCAACUGCUUUGAACAAAAUUUAUC